AUGGAGAGCAGCAAAGAAAUAAACUACCGAACGGCGCUCCGAAAACCCGACUGUGCCGACAACUGGCUCACCGAGAUUGAGAUCGAGUUUGAAAAAGUGUCUGAAGAGCUCGAGAUGGACAUCACAUUAAUCUUCCCCGUAACCGAGCGGUCCUCCCGACCACGACGAAUCCCCCAGCACCACCAAACACUGGCGGCGUCUCCCCCCCUCCCCCGGCCCGCCUCCAAACCGCCCGCUGCCGCCCCUCCCGGCUUCAGCAUCGUCGACGUCUUUGCCGUCGUCUCUACCGUCGAGCAGCACAAUCCGAAGAUCAAAGACCGAAGCAACGAGCGCGGGUGGACAGAAGGCGUCGUCGAGAUUAAGGGACCGGUUUAG